AUGUCUUCCAAAUUAGAAAAGAAAGAGUUUACAAAACCGAUUUUUCAUGAUAACGAUUUUGCAAGGGAAAUCACCAAGAUUAAUGAGUACGAGAAGUUUGUCCCACUUUUUAUUCAAUAUCAAAUAUUGCGCAAGAGGAUGAACUCUAUCUGUGAUGUCUUCAAUGGGAUAAUGUAUGAACUUCAAUAUAUUUUGGCUAAUAAGUUGGAAUUCCAAUUUAAUAAUGCUAAUAUGGUAGGAUCAACUAUCGAACUACAAGAUUUUGAUGGUUUGGCAAUAAAUUGUGAAAAAUGUUUGAAGUUCACAAGAGUAUUGAAAUCUAAAUUAGUUUAUAACGAUUUCAAUCAAGUCUUGGCUUAUAAGGUAAAUGAUACUAGAGAACAUCUUUGGCGUAUAAAAUUGAAGCUGAUGUAUCAUAUGAAGCAGCUGGCUUUUACCUUAAUUCCUUUGUUUAUAUAUCGUGCUGAAAGUGAUUCUAUAUUCUGUGUUCUUUUAAGAUUAUGUUCUAUAUAUAAUGAUGCCAUUAAAACUGAUUCAAAAUUAAGUAACGCUAAAAGCAGCCAAAUUUCAAGUAAUACUUAUCCUACCAUGUUACAACUUCCUAAACGAAUUGAUAUUAAGGCUUUAUUGGAAGCAGUUGCAAAAGUUAGAGCUGAAUAUACGUGUCAUUCUUUAAUAUCAGCAUUGCUAACGCAUUAUACACCUUGCGAAGAUCAUAUAGAAUGUGAUUCUGAAGAUUCCAGUAUUGCAAUUUAUAAAGCGCUGACCAGACAUCUCACACCACCUGUAAAUUCUUUAUUUGCGGAUCAACUAGGUAUUAAGAUUGGAGAACUAUCUUCCACUAAACCUCCUGUAAAUGAAGAAUUUUUAAAUCCCGAUCCAGUUCAAGAUAAAAUUUCCACUGACGACUCUGAAUUAAAUCAUUAUUUUGACCGUAUGAAUUUGGAAUUUACUAAAAACAAUAAGAAAUUUGAAGAUGACCCAAUGAAAGACACUGCCCGCGUUAUCGACGAAUUAGUAAAAGAGGAAGAAGUAACUCCUGGAGAUAUGAUAAAAUCAGCACAAGUAAAUGCACCAAAUAUAUUUGACAAAAAGUUCACUGAAGCGAAGAUUGGAAAUCUUUUACAACAUUAUGCUACCAAUUUAUGGAAUGAGGUUGGUGUUUUCCUUGAACAUGUAGUACUUUGGUGGGGCUCUUCACCUUUAGCUUCCUUACCACCUGGUUGUAGUCAGCAACUUAGAGAAUGGUUAUUGCAACCUAAAAAUAGAGUUUUACCAAAGGUUGUUCGUGGGGCCUUACGAACAUUUGCCAACGCUUUGGGAUGUCAUGUUACAGCAACUUCUUGGGACUUGCAAUUUAGAUUGACAUUGAUAGGAGGCAAUAUUCUAGAUGAUUGUAUAAAAGUUGAAACAAUCAGAAGUACUGCUCCAAGCAGGUUGCAGGGUACAGAAACUGGCCAAAUGUUUGCCGAUUUAUUGUUUAAUUUAGUUUCAUUAAGCAACCAGUGCGAGCAAACUGAUGAUUUUCUUCACGGUGCUCCUCUUGCAGAUUUGCCAUUAGUUGAGCAAAUUCCUAUCCUUCAUAGACUAGAUCAUUCAAUCCAUACUAUGCGUUUAUGGGCUGGACGUGACACUAGACGUUCAGCUAAUGAUUGGAAUGUGAAAUUUUUCUUUAUGGUAACUCAACAAGACAUUUGCCUAUGUUUAGAUCAGCUUGGUAUACUUCGUUUUCCUCAAGCCGGUGUCAAAGUGACUAUAAAACCUACUGAUGUUCAUAUCAAUGUUUGUUAUAAUUUAAAAGAAAAACUUUUGUCAGAAAUUAAAGUCAACAUUGAUAAAUUGAAGAAAACACGACAAGAAUGCAUCGAUGUUUUGGCAUCAGUGUGUCGAACCUUUAGCCUUGCAAAUUUGACACUAUUGUUUCCUAGGUCUCCUGGAUAUUGGCAAAAAACCAAAUUUGAACUUCCAGUUAGCAGUUAUGUAAAUGAAUUUUUAGAUAGAAUUUUGCUGCCAGUUUUAGAAACUUGUGAUGAUCUUGAAAUUUUAAAUUUAGUGCUAAAGAUAAUGUGUGAUGCAUGGUUGGAUCAUAUUUAUGCAUGUCAAAUUCGAUUUAGCAAAUGGGGAGUUGAACAACUUUUAAAUGAUUUUGGGGCUGUCGCCGACUGGUUACGUGAAUGUUCCAUUCUGAGCGACGAAGCUAAAAAACAAAUGACCAAAAAUGAAGUUCUCAGACAAUGUGAAGGCGUUGGCAGACUUUUAUUGCGGAAGCCCAAUGAAUUCAUCGAUAUGACUAAUAAGGGAAAUAAAACUGAGGAUGAUGAAGAAAGCUUAUUGCCUCCGGAGAUGUUUGUGCCCAACCAACAACAAUGGCUUAAGUUAAGAGUUGGCAAACGACAUCCACCAAACUGUUUAAAUCUUUUUCUCUGCUGUGUAAUGACAAAUAUUAACUAA